UUGUUCGUUUAAGUUCCGCAUUGACCACAGACAGAGUUUUCAAAAGAUAUUUUGAUGGUCGGGCGGUUACAUAUUUCAUUGUCUGAUUGUAAUCCGUUUAAUUAUCAAGGAUUCAUUUUACAACUAAAUUAACAUAAUUAAAAUGGCAGAUAUUAUUCAGGAACAGCAAGUCAAAAGGGUAAAACGCUUUUUAGAAAGUUGGCGUAUGGCCCUUCUCCCUUUAAAAUCCGUGUUAAUAUGGGAACAGCAGUGGCAUCCCUGUGCUAUUCUAGCGUUCCUUUCAAUUUUGUUUCUCACAAUUUCGCUAAUGGACCUGAGUAUCCUGGCCACUAUAUCUGUUGUUGGCUUGAUAUUGAAUUUUAUUGAUUUCAUCGUCCCUAUUAUGUGCAAUACUAUUUGUAAUCCUGGCUCAUGGACGGGGCAAAAUGAAAAAAUGUAUGAAGACAUUUGCAGAAGUAUUGUUAUUACUUAUAACAAAAUUAUAAGUAACAUAAAAUCUUUUUAUGCUCUAAGAGAGACUAGUCCUCCAAUGUAUUAUCUGAUUUCCAUUUCUAUGUUGAGUGUUUCAACUUGGAUGGCUGCCUCCAUAAACAAUGUGUUUCUCCUCUACAUAUUCUCAGCCAUAGUACUUCUAUGGCCGGGCAUUCAGCACCGUGGCAUUUUAAACACGGUCCUAAGUUUUGUUAAUAAGGCUCCAAAAAUGGCGUCUUUGAAAUCUGAUUAAGAUUUAAUGGAUACUUAUGUAGCUUUUAUAUUUUAGAGAUGCUUAAGGUAUUGCCUUAUUUAGUAUGAUCUCCCGAUACCUUUUUGUGAUAUUUAUAUCCAUAGACUUUAAUUUAGAUUGUCAUAAGUAAUGUACUCUGUAUGGAACUGGUAUUGUUCCUCUGGUUUUUAGUUUGUAUUGUAAUGAAAUGUGUCAAGUAUAUGUGUUACAGUCUGAAUUUAGUGAGAGAUGUACGGUCUGGUUGUUAAGUUUAGGUCGGCUUAUUCAAUGUGAGCUUAAAAUUAUUUUAUUUGGGUUUAAAUAAAAGUUUACUAUAA